GGAGUGACCUGUCUCUUUCUGUCGAUCGUCUGCUUGCUCUUCCGCCCACGGCCAAAGCUCUCUCUUUCUUUCUUGGAGGGACCGAGUGUGGGAGGAAGAGAUCGGGAGGUUUAUAUCUGGACCGAGAAGGAGCAGGAGGCGGUUUUGAAUGCUAUGGUUACAGAGGGGAUUUGCUGAUCUUUUGAGCAAAUCACAGAUCAUCAAAGACCUCAGAUCCUGCAACGUCGUCGGCGUUUGCGUCUCAGCUUCUUUCUCUUCUUGGACUCUGUCGCCCUCUGACCCGCAUUGUCAGAAAAUGGGCUUGGUCGAAGCCCCGACUGUGGCAGCCAGCAAUGGAUCAGGGGACGCUCAGAAGAUCAAACCAGCAAAUGAGAGAAGCAGAUUUUUGGAGGUCUACAAUCAGCUCAAGACUGAGCUGUUAGCUGACAGCAAGACCUUUCAGUUUACGCCGGAAUCGCGCGUGUGGGUCGAGAAGAUGCUUGAUCACACUGUUCCUGGAGGCAAGCUCAACCGAGGCAUUUCAGUUCCUGACAGUCUGAGGUUGCUGAAAGAGCGAGAGCUUACGGAGGAAGAGUACUUUCUUUCCUCAUCUUUGGGCUGGUGUGUCGAAUGGCUGCAAGGGUAUUUCCUCGUCGAAGAUGACAUCAUGGAUCAUUCAGUUACGAGAAGGGGACAACCUUGCUGGUACAAAAUUCCCAAGGUGGGCAUGAUUGCGAUAAAUGAUGGAAUAGUCCUUCGCAAUCACAUCCCUCAGAUUUUGAAGAGACACUUCAAGGGCAUGCCUUACUACACUGAGCUUCUUGAUAUCUUCAACGAAGUUGAGUAUCAGACAUCGUUGGGUCAAAUGCUCGACUUAAUUACUACUCCAGAGGGAGAAGUGGAUUUGUCUAAGUACAUCAUGCCUACAUACAUCAAAAUUGUGCAAUACAAGACUGCUUAUUAUUCCUUCUACCUCCCUGUAGCUUGCGCCCUGUUAAUGGCUGGAGAGAAGGAUGAAGCCAAGUUUGAGGCUGCGGAGAAAAUUCUCGUCCAGAUGGGAACAUACUUCCAAGUGCAGGAUGAUUAUCUUGACUGCUAUGGAGAUCCUGCAUUCAUUGGAAAGAUCGGUACCGACAUUGAAGAUACAAAGUGCUCGUGGUUGGUGGUUCAGGCCCUUCAAAGGGCCAGUGAGGACCAAAAGAAUGUCAUCAAAGAGAACUAUGGAAAGAAAGACCCUUCGAAGGUGGCAAUUAUUAAGCAGCUAUACAAAGAGUUGAAUCUUGAGAAAGUAUUCGAAGACUACGAGCAGGAGAGUUACGUUGCUUUGAUCGCUGCAAUUGAGCAGCAAGAAAGUUUGCCUCUACAGGCCGUUUUAAAAGCAUUUUUGGGAAAGAUUUACAAGCGACAAAAAUGAGGACAACCCCGUACCUCAAGGAUUAGAUUAAGUUUUAGUGACAUCUCACUACAUUUAUAGGUCUUACCGACGAAAGGUGAUAUUGCAGCAUCUUAUGCCAGUUUGCUACUUUUUUCCUUUAAUUAGUGCAAAGCAGGGAAGUUGACGGCAUCUGCAUUUGCCAUGCUAUAUCAUGCUCCAGCAGCAACGACUGCGCAUAUUUGAAGUGCUGUACCAUGUUUCAUAAUAAAUUCAUCAAAGGUGCAGAGCUCGAGAUUCUUU